AUGGGGCUAGCUUCUUCCAAGAUUAUGGACUCCCUUGCGGAGGGAACCAACUUUGAUAGGGAAGAAGUCGACAGACUUAGAAAGAGAUUCAUGAAAUUGGACACUGAUGGUUCGGGUACCAUUGACAAGAAAGAGUUCCUUUCGAUUCCAGGUGUAAAUACGAACCCACUUGCAGAACGCUUGCUAGAUUUGUUUGACGAAGAUGGCGGUGGAGAUAUUGAUUUUCAAGAGUUUAUCAUUGGUCUUUCGACGUUUAGUAGCCGAAGUAGCAUCACUGACAAAUUAAGUUUUGCUUUCAAGAUCUAUGACAUAGACAGAGAUGGUUUUAUUUCCAAUGGAGAAUUAUUUAUUAUAUUAAAGACUAUGGUUGGUGGGAAUCUGAAGGACGAAGAGCUACAACAAAUAGUGGACCGGACAUUGAUGGAAAACGACCUCGAUGGCGACGGAAAGUUGAGUUUUGAUGAAUUCAAGAGUGCAGUCGAUCAUACAAGCAUUGUGAACAAGUUCACGCUGAAUUUGGGAAUAUGA